GUUAUUAAAAAAUACAUAUAACAAAAUUAAGUAAGCGACUGACAAAUACUGUCAAGCAAUGAUAUUAAGGAACGUAUUCAAAAAUCCUACGUGAUAAAGGGAGUGUAAUCUGAAUAUUGCCAAUGGUUCUACAACAAAUAAAGAAUAUGGCGGCGCGUUGGAAUUUAAUUCCUCACAAUUCUGAAGAAAGAGCAUUAGAAGAAAGGGGCUAUCAUAUUGGGAAAAAAAUUGGUCAAGGUUCUUAUGCAAAGGUUUAUACAUCUUAUCAUAUUGACGAUAAAAGUCGAAAGAAAACUCGAUUAGCGUGUAAAAUAUUUGAUAAGGAUAAAGCACCGAAAGGCUUUCUAGAGAAGUUCCUUCCUAGAGAGUUAGAAAUUUUGACUAAAAUUGAGAAUGCUCAUAUAAUCCACAUUCAUAGUAUUUUGCAGAGGGGGCCGAGAGUUUUUAUCUUUAUGAGGUAUGCCGAAAACGGAGAUUUAUUAAAUUUCAUUCAAAAAAUGGGGGCAGUACCUGGGGACCAAGCAAAAAUUUGGUUUAGACAAAUGACGAACGGUCUAAACUAUCUGCAUGAAAACAAUAUUGCCCAUCGAGAUUUAAAAUGCGAGAAUAUUCUACUAUCUCAAAGGUUUAACGCAAAAAUAGCAGAUUUUGGUUUCGCCAGAUUUUGCACUGAUCGCCAUAACGCUAGCAUACUCUGUAAGACCUAUUGUGGUUCAGCUUCAUAUGCUGCUCCUGAAAUCAUUAAAGGAACUCCAUACAAUCCCAAAUUAUCAGAUAUAUGGUCUCUGGGAAUUAUAUUAUUUGUGAUGUUGAAUGCAGUAAUGCCGUUUGAUGACUCGAAUAUAAAAAAAUUAUUAAAUGAUCAAAUAUCUAAAAAAUGGGUUUUCCAGUCUAAAAUUGAUGACAUACCAUAUAAAUUGUUAGUAAGUAAUUUAUUAGAGCCGGAUGUACAUCUCAGACUUACUUUGGAUCGAAUAAUUCAACACGACUGGCUCAAAGAGUCAAGUCAUUCGUCACAGAAGAGACGAAAUGUGCAGUCUGCACCGCACUCUCAAUCGAUAAAUUUUGGGAAAAACCGCAUCUUGGACGAAUUUAAAAUUAUCGAAGCUAAAAGAAGUAUUAUGACUUGAAGAAACUUAUUUAGGAAUUUGUAAAUUUGGAAAAACCAGUGAAUAAAUUUUAUAACACAA